AUGUCUGAAAACCUUGAAAAGUCCAAUCUAAAUGAAGCAGAAAAAUCACAUUCCAAUGAUUCUGAACAAGGCCUUGAAGAAGCCAUGGACGGUUCCGAGGUCGCUUUACAGAAAAAAAAGUCAGGCUCUCCUAGCUCCCAGAGAGUGCAAAGACCUCACUCCAGUCCUCCUCGCUUUGUGACAGUAGAAGAGCUUGUGGAGACAGCAAAAGGAGUCACUAACAUGGCUCUGGCCCAUGAAAUCGUAGUCAAUGGAGACUUCCAGAUUAAACCUGUUGAAUUACCGGAAGAUAGUUUGGAGAAGAAAGUAAAGGAGAUUGUACACAAAGCUUUUUGGGAUUGCUUGAGUGUCCAGCUAAGUGAAGACCCCCCAACCUAUGACCAUGCCAUUAAACUUCUCGGUGAGAUCAAAGAGACUCUCUUAUCUUUCUUGCUGCCUGGUCACACUAGACUGAGAAACCAGAUUACAGAAGUCUUGGAUUUGGAUCUCAUAAUGCAGGAGGCAGAGAAUGGGGCCCUUGACAUUUGCAAGCUGGUUGAAUUCAUUAUUGGCAUGAUGGGAACGCUGUGUGCACCUGCUCGAGAUGAGGAAGUUAAGAAGCUAAAGGACAUUAAGGAAAUAGUGCCCCUUUUCAGGGCAAUUUUUUCUGUGUUGGACCUGAUGAAAGUGGACAUGGCAAACUUUGCUGUCAGCAGCAUCAGGCCUCAUCUCAUGCAGCAGUCAGUUGAAUAUGAAAGGAAGAAGUUUCAAGAGCUUUUGGAGAAGCAGCCAAACUCCCUGGACUUUGUCACCCAGUGGCUGGGAGAAGCCGCAGAUGACCUUAUGAAUCAGAAGCAUAAAAAUGCCCUGCCGGCGGGGGGAGGGGCCGCCGGCUCGGGGGACAGCCCCAUGCCUAGCCCUGCGGCUGUCCAGAAUUACGCGUACCUGAAGCUGCUGAAGUGGGACCACCUCCAGCAGCCUUUCCCCGAGACAGUGCUGAUGGACCAGGCCCGCUUCCGAGAGCUGCAGCUCCAGCUGGAACACCUGACUGUCCUGGGGGCGGUGCUGCUGGUCACCUUCAGCAUGGCCGCCUCAGACAUUGCCAGCCAGGCCAACUUCGCCGAGAAACUCAAGAUGAUCGUGAAGAUCCUGCUAACAGACAUGCAUCUGCCCUCCUUCCAUCUGAAGGAUGCCCUGACAACCAUUGGUGAGAAAGUCUGCUUGGAGGUGAGCAGCUGCCUUUCUCUGUGCGGGUUCACCCCCUUUACCUCGGACAAGGAGACCGUGCUCAAGGGCCAGAUCCAGGCUGUGGCCAGUCCUGACAAUCCCAUCCGCAGGAUCAUGGAUUGUCGAAUCCUGACCUUCUUAGAAACCUACCUUGCCUCAGGCCAUGAGAAGGCAUUGCCCACAAUACCUGGGGGAUUGGGUCCAGUCCACAAAGAGCUGGAGGAAGUUGCUAUUAAAUUUGUUCGUCUGGUCAACUAUAACAAGAUGGUCUUCAGUCCCUAUUAUGAUGCAGUCCUCAGUAAGAUCCUUGUUAGAUCCUAA